UGAGAUCCCUCUACCAAUUUGAUUGCAUAAGAAAAAUGAGAACACAAAUUGAUGAUAGUGCAUCAGAGAAGAAUCAUCUUGCAAUGCUUAAGCUUAUUGAUUGGGCUCUGAGGCUCUGUUCGGUCCCAUUCUCAGUGGCAACCAUAUGGAUCACUGUGACAAACAAGGAGGACAACAGCAGCUACGGAAUGGUGAAAUAUAACGAUCUCUCUGGUCUCAAGUAUAUGGUCUUAGUUAGCGCUCUCUGUGCUUGUUAUGCUCUUGCUGCUGCGGCUUCCUCAUGGCUCAAAUUCUUAGUAUCCAAGGCUUGGAUUUUCUUUCUCUCUGAUCAGAUUAUAGCUUAUUUAACGAUCACAUCAGUAGCCGCAGUAACGGAGAUAUAUUACCUGGUUUACCAUGGUGCUAAGGAAGAUUCUUGGAGUGAAGCCUGUAGUUCUUAUGGCAUGUUUUGCAGCAAAGUGAAGUUGGCUAUAAUCCUCCAUGUGAUUACUUUUUUUUGCUUCUUUGUUUUAUCUGUGAUUUCAGCUUUCAGAGCGUUUAUUGUCUUUGAUCCUCCUAUCAAUUCUCAAGAGGUGUAACGAGAUGCAGAUUAAUUAGGAUUGUCAAUUUGG